CUUUGACCUCUCGGGUCACCAGACCUGCGCACUGAGGAAAUUCCUAGCUAAGAAAAUUUGUGGCGGGAGGUUCGUCGUGUUGGUGAAUUUCUCACGCGUUUGAAAAAGAUUUGAACAGAUUUUUGCUUUAAAAAAUCCAGAGAUUGAAAGGAUGGUGGUACUCAGAGCUAAGUGUAUAGUAGCAGGCGAUUCCACAGUGGGGAAAAGCGCGUUAGUUCAGACGUUCCACAGCGAUGGGUCUCACUUCCCCAAGAGUUACACCAUGACAGAAGGGGUGGAGGUGUGCGUCAAGUCCGUCGUCAUACCGGACACCAGCGACACCGUGGAGCUGGUUAUCUUCGACUCCGCGGGAAAGGAGAUCUUCUACGACCACGUGAAGAAGAACUGGGACCACCCGUCUGUGGUGUGUCUGGUGUUCGACCUCUCCAGCGAACCUUCGUUUCACAGUUGCUCCAAAUGGUUGGAACGGAUUCGCAACCAGAAGCCGGAAAUCGUCCUACCCGGCGUCCUGAUUGGCAACAAACUUGACCUCGAGCAGCGGAGAACGGUCACGCCGAAGUUUCCCAUGGAGUUCGCUUCCUCCCACGGUCUGGAGUACUUCGAAUGCUCCGCCAAAGAACAGCAGAAUGUUGAGGCUCCGUUUUACUACUUAGCACAGGAGUUUUACAAGAUGUAUCAGACAAAAGCUGAGACCAUCACAAGUAUGGCAAUGUAAACUGUAUAUCUAGAGACUAUAUUUGUACAUCUACAGUAUGUUACACUUUAUGCCCUGGGCAAUCAGGCCAAUGGUCUUGUUUUACUAUGAUUUGUUUUGAUGGGAGUACCGUAAAAUCUGUUGAAACUCGUUAUUUCAUGAGAAUCAUACCGGUAGUACAUUACUUCAAUACCUGAUUAGCUGCUUUUGCAAUGUUGCACCAACUGUGUAUAUAAAACUACUUUGUAAUGUGUCCAUUUGGUUUUCUCAACCAGUUUGUAAAAAAAAUCUAACCUUCUAUACAGCUCAUGACCCUGACAACAAAAAGUUGGUAUGUAAUUUAGAUGUUUUAAUGUAAAAAAAAA